AUGAGGAAGCAGUACCAUACAGGAGCCGUGUAUGGUCAGACAGCAGCGUGCUACAGGUACCAGGAACAGGAGCACAACAACAGCAAUGCCCACAGACCAGCCUUCAUCCUGUACCACCACGUCCAGGACAAGACAUGGAACAAAGGCGCGGACGAGGAGAAGGACACGGGAGGACUCCGCUGCCAGCACGCGGGGGGGCGGCCCGGUCCCCGCGCCCUGCCCGGCCCCAUCCCGCCCUCCUCCCGCACAAAGGCAGGGCGAGGGCCGCGGAUCUCGUUUACACGGGCCGCCAACCCGCCGCGCCUGUCGGGCCAGCUCCCCGCGCCGCUGGCACGCCGGCGCCCUUUGUUGUGCGGCCCGGGGAGCGGCGACACGCGCGGCUCGGCUCGGCCCCGUGCAGGGCGCAGGGCGGCACCGCCGCCAACCCACCUUCGUGCUCCCCCCGCCGCGCACUUCGGGGCGCUCCCCGGCUCCGACGGCACGACCCGACCCGGUACCGGCCCCCACCCCGCUACGGGCGACACGCGGCCGCGGCCCGGCCACAGCCCUCCGAGCCAGGAAAACGACGGGACAACGCGAGCGGGACUCACCGUGGCCGGGCUCCUCGGGGACAGGGGGCGGUCCCGCCCCGCGGCCGCCCGGCCCGCUCCGGCGGGAGAGGAGCGGCGGGGCGAAGGGCUGGAGGCGCGAGGAGCCCCGCCGAGGGGCGGCCCGGAGCUGCGGCCGUCCGGGCCGGGAGAGCGCACCGCAACCCGGAGACGGUCGGACCGGACUUAUCCGCUCCGUGCGCCCCGCGCCGCUCCCGCACCUAAAAUGGAAGUUGGUCCGGCGGGGCGGGGGCGGGACGGGCCGCCAGCACCGCCCCCGGCGUCGGAGCGACGCGGCCAAUGGCGGCAGCGCGGAGCGGAGCACGGCGCGCGCUGUUGAUGCCUUUUCCAGACGAGACGCCCAAACAAGGCAGCUACCACCGGAACACAGCAAGACGACUUGUUUAUCACACACAGCAAUGCUCCUCAGCAGUAGAAGGAAGAGGGGGCUGCCACCUCCAGGCCCAGCGUGGGCAGUUCAGAGAUGGCCCGUAUUGUUCUCCAGCAGGAUAACGAGGCGCUUCCGCAGCCCCUUUCCUGUGGGAAUCCCAACAGGUCGUUGUCCUCCCCCUGCAGGAGGGGAAGUGUGGCACCGUGCAGUGUAACAUCCCAUCUGUCAGAUGGCUGCACUAAGCAGCGUGGGCUUCUCUCCACCUUGGGUGCUCUUCCUGGUCUCGGGUGCAGCCUUCACUUCUUCAGCCUCCCCUUCCAUGGUAGAUGCCAGCAACGUGCAAGGUACCUCCUAAGAAUGGAGAAACGAGAAAGCACAGCGCUGCAGUUUAGUAACAGGAGCAAAAGGGGAUGUUAAUGGAGAACGAUUGCAGCUCUGAGUAAGACCUAAGAUAGGAAUUUCCCUUCUCUGUAAGAAAUCAGCUCAGAUUCUGCUGAUUGGGAGACUCGGGAAAGGAUAUGACUAGCUCAGAGGCAGGGCCUCUCUUCCUAUGAACUAUAGAGCAAGGCAGGAUAACCAGCUUGCACUUAGUCUUCCCAUAAACUAUAGAGCAAGGCAGGAUAACCAGCUUGUACUGAGGCUGCUGCCAGUAGUGAGGGUCCCUUCAGCACACAUACAGCCCCAGCUACCAAUUCCUGAGCACCUAAAGCAGAGAAUUGUGCUCUUGCAGUUUGCUGGCAAGAUGUAGGCAGCAAAUUCUGGCAGCGAACAUGGAUGCUGGUAUAUAAAGAGAGGAUCCUGUGAAUGGGACAAAAGGUACUAGUAAAAGUUGCACUCGUAAAAUGCCUCUUUUGUGUGCAGGCUCUAUCUGCAGUGGGAGUGUUUGUUGCUAUCACCUGAUCCUGUAUCAGUAACUUUUUAAGGGCAGACAAGGCCAUGGGAGGGAGGGGUGACAGCACCGGGGGCUGCUGGAGCUGAGGAGACAUGACAGGGAUCAGUGCUGCCCCUGCAAAACACUAGAAAUGCCUCAAAGCAAAGGGCUGCCACCUGUGCUUGGGCCAGGCUUUGUGUCACUUUGUGGGUCUGUCAGGACAGAGAACCCUUCUGAGACACACAGGGAACAACGAGUGCGACUAAAGGGGCCUGCAUCAGCUUUUCCACCACCCAGACCACUCACGUACUCUCCUUUGUUUCCAGGAAAUGCAAUUUCCACUCUUUCCCAGAGCUGCUGCUGGGCUCCCUUGUCUCAGCCGCUGUCACAAGACACACAGCACAGUUUGUGAGAUGGCUGCGGUCUGAUCGGGGCGGCCUGUGCAAAACAUCGAGUUCCCAUCGCCCACAUUGGGCCCAAGAGGCUGUUUGUGCCACGCUGCGCAUGAAAAGCACUUUGUGGGCUGGAGCAGAUCACGCAGUAAGAGCGGACUUUGCCCUUUCAUGCUUUGCUUUCCUCUUCCCUGGCCAGCAGCAGCAGUAGGACGCACAGGAGCUGUUUUGCACACUGUAACUAAUGCCCCUGAAUGCUCCUUUGUCCAUCCUGCGUCACCUGCAGCUCAAGAACUCACAGAGCCUUCAAAGCUGCCUGCCAGCCCCAUAGGUUGCAUUCUUAUCUUUCAGCUUUCAGUGUGUCCCAGGACUGGGACAGACCCAGAUUACUCGCCCUUUUAUCACUCCUGCCCAUAGGGUGGCUGCAGGAGAGGGAAGAGUGCUCUGCACUGAGUGACACAGAGGGAAGGGAAGAGCCCAGCUUUGCCUCGGUCACUGCCCCAGGGUGGGUGAGCAAGCACCGCAGCAGCACCAGCUCCUUCCUCCAGCACAGGAGAAAGGUGAUACCAAGCCCUGCCUCUGAGUCAGCAAGGAGCAUGCAGGGAAGAUACAGCCAUCUCCAGGAACUGGGAUUUGGCCUCACCUGC